GUAGGGGUUACCUGGCCAAGAGCGGCGGCGGCGGCGGCGGCGGCGGGGCGCCUGGGCUAACUCAGACAUAGUUCGGCAGUAUGGGUCCUCCUCUGAAGCUCUUCAAAAACCAGAAGUACCAGGAACUGAAGCAGGAAUGCAUCAAAGAUGGCAGACUGUUCUGUGACCCGACCUUUCUGCCUGAGAAUGAUUCGCUUUUCUACAACCGGCUGCUUCCCGGGAAGGUGGUGUGGAAACGUCCCCAGGACAUCUGUGACGACCCCCGUCUGAUUGUGGGCAACAUCAGCAACCACCAGCUGAUCCAAGGGAGACUGGGGCACAAGCCGAUGAUCUCUGCGUUUUCCUGUUUGGCUGUUCAGGAAUCUCACUGGACAAAGACAAUUCCCAACCAUAAGGAACAGGAAUGGGACCCUCGAAAACUCGAUAAAUAUGCUGGGAUAUUUCGCUUCCGUUUCUGGCAUUUUGGAGAAUGGACUGAGGUGGUGAUUGAUGACUUGCUGCCCACCAUCAAUGGAGAUCUGGUUUUCUCCUUCUCCACCUCCAUGAAUGAGUUUUGGAAUGCUCUACUGGAAAAAGCUUAUGCAAAGCUGCUUGGUUGUUAUGAAGCCCUCGAUGGUUUGACCACCACUGAUAUCAUCGUGGACUUCACUGGUACACUGGCCGAGACCGUUGACAUGCAGAAGGGAAGAUACACCGAGCUGGUUGAGGAGAAGUACAAGCUAUUUGGGGAGCUGUACAAAACAUUUACCAAAGGAGGGCUGAUCUGUUGCUCCAUUGAGUCUCCUAAUCAGGAGGAGCAAGAAGUUGAAACUGACUGGGGUCUUCUGAAGGGCCAUACCUACACCAUGACUGAUAUUCGCAAGAUCCGUCUUGGAGAGAGACUGCUAGAAGUCUUCAGUACUGAGAAGCUCUAUAUGGUUCGCCUGAGGAACCCCUUGGGACGUCAGGAAUGGAGCGGCCCCUGGAGCGAAAUUUCUGAAGAGUGGCAGCAGCUGACUAUGGCCGACCGCAAGAACCUGGGGCUAGUUAUGUCUGAUGAUGGAGAGUUCUGGAUGAGCCUGGAGGACUUUUGCCGCAACUUUCACGAACUGAACGUCUGCCGCAACGUGAACAACCCCAUUUUUGGCCGCAAGGAGCUGGAAUCGGUGGUGGGAUGCUGGACUGUGGACGAUGAUCCCCUGAUGAACCGGUCAGGGGGCUGCUAUAACAACCGUGAUACCUUCCUGCAGAAUCCCCAGUAUAUCUUCACUGUGCCCGAGGAUGGGCACAAGGUCAUUAUGUCACUGCAGCAGAAGGACCUGCGUACUUACCGCCGCAUGGGAAGACCUGACAAUUACAUCAUUGGCUUUGAGCUCUUCAAGGUGGAGAUGAACCGCAAGUUCCGCCUCCACCAUCUCUACAUCCAAGAGCGUGCUGGGACAUCCACCUACAUUGACACCCGCACCGUGUUUCUGAGCAAGUACCUGAAGAAAGGCAACUACGUGCUUGUCCCAACCAUGUUCCAACAUGGCCGCACCAGCGAGUUUCUCCUGAGAAUCUUCUCCGAAGUGCCCGUCCAGCUCAGGGAACUGACUCUGGACAUGCCCAAGAUGUCCUGCUGGAACCUGGCUCGUGGCUACCCGAAGGUGGUGACCCAGAUCACCGUUCACAGUGCGGAGGGCCUGGAGAAGAAGUAUGCCAAUGAAACCGUAAAUCCGUAUUUGGUCAUCAAGUGUGGCAAGGAGGAAGUCCGUUCUCCCGUCCAGAAGAAUACUGUUCAUGCCAUUUUUGACACCCAGGCAAUUUUCUACAGAAGGACCACUGACAUUCCUAUUAUAGUGCAGGUGUGGAACAGCCGGAAAUUCUGUGAUCAGUUCCUGGGGCAGGUUACUCUGGAUGCUGACCCCAGCGACUGCCGUGAUCUGAAGUCUCUGUACCUGCGUAAGAAGGGUGGCCCGACUGCCAAAGUCAAGCAGGGCCACAUCAGCUUCAAGGUUAUUUCCAGCGAUGAUCUCACUGAGCUCUAAAUCUUCAGCUCUAGGGAAUCCUGACAGAGCUUUCCAUCCUUCCCUUUUCUGUCAGGUGCCAGGUCUUACCUAAUCCAUACUCCUUUGAAAGAAAGAAACUCACAGUAACUAACUUUUCCUUUCUUCUGAUAAAUCCCCCAUACCUCCCGAUCCAGGUAGCAUCAGUAGCUACAUAACCUAUAUACCUCCAGCAGCUGGACAGGGGGAGGUGACAGUCCUAUGUGGAGAUCAUACAGAUGUUUGCCAACAAAAAGAUCUCUGGGGCUUCCGGGGGUGAGAUUUAAGCAGGACAACAAUGGCCUGGAUACCCUACAGAUGUGUUUGCUGCUUUCAGGCACCCAGUGUUAUCUUCCCUGUAGGGCGUGUUGAGGAAGGAGGAGGGGUGAUCAAGGCCAAGCUGGUCUAGCCUGACAUCCCAGCUCCCUACUGAACACUUCAGACUUGCCAGCAGGCUUUUAGCCAGCGGCCAGAGCCUGCUUCUGAGGCCCCAGCUCUCAUCACCGCCAGUACCAAUACCACCUCCGUCACCACCACCACUGAAUACCACCAACCAUCACCACCCCCGGAAAGUGUAGUCCUGCCCUCA